UGACGCGCAUGCAGCACAGGCACCGGGCGCGCUGUGGGAGCAGGUGGUGGGGGCAAUCAUCAACUUCAUCAAAGUGGCCUCGCCCACCCAGCUCGCGCUCGCGCCUGAAAAGUUCGCCUCCCUGUGCCAUCGCCUGCGAGACCUGCUCAUCGCUCACACCCAGUACUCCCGGGGGGUUCUCCCCUUGCGCUGGGCAAUCAGCAAGGUGCAGCACAGCACCGCAGCCGAGCACCUCACCCCGCAACGCGCGGAGCGGACUGCCUGCAGCUGUGCCUGCUCCAUUCAACCCUCACCUCCUUUCACUGCUGGCCAAGCUGUACCGCCAGGGAGGCGAGCUGCUCAUCUAUCACCUUCUCCGUUCUCCCCCUCCCACGCUUCCCCCCCCCCCCGCCUCCCAGUCGCCUCCCUGUGCCAUCGCCUGCGAGACCAGCUCAUCGCACACUCCCAGUACGCUCGAGGCGUACUGCCACUACGGUGGGCAAUCAGCAAGGUGCAGCACAGCAGCAGUGCCGAGCAUCUCACCCCGCAACACGCGGACUGCCUGCAGCUCUGCCUGCUCGCCAAGCUCUACCGCCAGGGGGGCGAGCUGCUGCAGCGGGAUAUUCUCGAUAUUGACCCCAAGAAAACGGGGCUAGUGCACCGGGACUUCCUGCUGUACUGCUUCUACGGAGGUACCAUCUAUGUGGGUCUGAAGCAGUACCAGAAGGCUCUAGACCUCUUCAUGCAUGCCAUCACAUCCCCAGCGCAGGGAGUGAAUGCCAUCACAGUGGCGGCUUACAAGAGACAUGUGCUCGUGUCGCUCAUCCUGAACGCCCAGCUGUCGCCUCUACCCAAGUUCACUCCAGGCAUCGUGCAGAGAGGGCUAAAGGCGUGCUGCCAGGACUACCACGACCUGGCGAACAUCUACGUGUCUCGUGACGCAGCAGAGCUCAAGAAGUUUGUGGACUCUCAUGAGCAAGCCUUCAAGGCGGACAACAACCUAGGCUUGGCCCAUCAGGUGGUCGCCUCAGUCCCCAAGCGCAGCAUUCAGCGCCUCACUCACACCUACCUUACUCUCUCGCUCUCCGACCUUGCUGAGUCGGUGCACCUCUCCUCGCCUGCCGAGGCUGAGAAAUACCUUCUUUCCAUGAUAGCGGAUGGGGAGAUGUUUGCGAGGAUAGACCAGCAGGCGGGCAUGGUGAGCUUUGAGGAGGACCCUGAGAAGUACGACUCACUGGGCAUGGCUGCUGUGGUUGAAGAACACAUUCAGAGGGCCACGAAGCUGUCCAAGAAGCUGGCGCUGGUGCACGAGCAGAUCUCCUCCGACCGGACGUACCUCACACGGGUGAAUGCACGCGAGCGCAAUGUUCGAUACGGGGAGCAUGAGGACUAUGAGCUUGCACCUCAACGAAUGUUUGAUACCAUGUAG